AACCUUUGGCAUGAACCUAAAAAUCUUCAAUCUCAAAUUCAUCUUCAUAUUUUGACACAUCCCCAAUAAAGAAAAACACAUUUUCUUUACCACGACCUAUUAGUUUUUGUCUGAUUAAAACUCUUGUAAUCGAUUAUUUUUUAUCUAUUACAACAAAUGGACGGAGGCUUAGGAACGAUGUUGAUGAAGGUGGCCUUAUUUGCUCUGGUACAAGGUUUGGUGUAUCUCAUCCUCUCGAAAUCGUCGAAGGUUUUCUCUACAUCGAAUUCGUUGAGAAAGGCUUACAGUUUCCGGCCGAUGAGGUCCGUCAGCAUCCGCCGGAUUCUGGCGUCACUUCAGGAUAUUCCUGCUGGCGACGAUAUGUCUCCUUCAUCUAACGGCUCUUCUUCUUCUCUUACUUCUCCUUCUUCGCAAGAUGAGGCGGCAACAACAACUACAUCACCAUCUUAGGGAUAGAUAUAUACACAAACGGCAUUAUUGAUUAUUUAUUUUAUUUUAUUUUAGAUUGUUUCGUUAAAUUGAUGUAAGAUUGAUUAUCUAUAUGUAGUCGUAGAUAUAUAUAUAUAUAUAUAUAUGUAUAUUUGGUUUAGAUGUUGAAUAGUAGUAUCGUAUGUACAGUUCAAAAAGGUUUAUUAUAAUCUUU